AUGAAGCAUAAAAACGAAUAUAAUUACAUGUGCCCCUACCUUACAAAAGUUGUAGAAUUGGUACUUGCAAUGCCACUUUCUAAUGCAUGGCCAGAUAGAGGUGCCUCAAAAGUAAAAAUCAUUAAAACUGAUCUCAGAAACAGACUAAAAAAUGAUAUGUUAAAUGGAUUACUACAUGUUGCUGUCAAUGGUCCAGAGUUGUGCACAGAGAAGUGUGAUGGUUUAGUUUCUGAUGCAGUUGACAUGUGGAUCUCUUCCAAGAAAAGGAGGAAGAUUCCUUCCAGUAGGACUUCAGGUACAGGAGAAGAUAGCAGGAAAACAUAUAUGGAGGCAGAAGUCCAGACUGAGUCCGAACCAGUAUUACAUGUAUCACAUGGCACAGAUGUUGAUGAAGAAGAAGAAGCUGAUGAUGUUGGAUCAACCUGUGACGAUGAACAUGAAAAAGACAAACUUUUUGAAAAUACUCUUCUACAAUUAAAAAUAGCAAAAUAA